UAAUUUUGGUGAGAGUUCUUUUACAGGUCAGGGAGUGUUGUCUGUUGGGUAAAGUGUCCAUGAGGCCGUAAGAAAGAAAACCUACAAGCAUGAAGAGGUCCAACCUUGGAUUUUUGUAGAAUAAACCAUUAUAUAUCACAUCAAUUAUCACUUUUGUCUCAAGGUAAGAUUCUCUCAAUUUUAGAUAGAUUAACCCUUUUACAGCUCCCUGUUUUGGCUUGAACGGGCUGGAGCUUUAAAGACAUUACGCUUCAAUUGUAAAUCUUCUGGUCAUCCUGUUUGAUGAUUUGCCUGGACUGACCAAAGCUUUAGAGAUAUGACCCACUAGAGGCAUUUGGUAUGGUCCGGAAUUGUCCGGACAGAGCGGGGGCUUUGGAGAUAUAAUCCAUGUGAUGGAACCCAUGUAGGCAUCUUGUUCGGUGAGUGGCAUGCGGUUCCGGGCAUGUGAACUGAUUAGGCGAAGAUGGGUGACCUAUGGUUCCUAGCUAGAUGAUCAGCCAAGGUGCAACUCAAGAUUCGAUACUCUUUUGCGACAGGACAUGACUUUAGGAAUUUUGUGUGAUUUCCUGUAUAGUAAUAAUAAUCAAUGAUUGAUGGAGCUUAUACGACAGCAAUGUAAAAACAAUGCAGGUGCAAGAGAAAUCUGUCACAAGUUGCUAAAGAGAUGCUCCCAUUUGAACAAACUCAAUGAAGGGAAGAUUAUUCAUGCCCUCCUUCUCAAUUCCAGAUUCAGAGACGAUCUUGUUAUGCAAAACACCCUUCUUAACAUGUAUGCGAAAUGUGGUGAUUUGGUUUAUGCACGUAAACUGUUUGAUGAAAUGUCUAGUAGAGAUGUUGUCACUUGGACUGCUUUGAUUACUGGGUAUUCUCAGCAUGAUAGGCCGCAGGAUGCGCUUCUUUUGCUCCCUGAAAUGCUAAGGAUUGGAGUGAAACCCAAUCAGUUCACUUUGGCUAGUUUGUUGAAGGCGGCUUCUGGGGUUGGGUCUCCUGAUGUUUUGCAGGGUAGACAGCUUCAUGGGCUUUGUUUAAGGUACGGUUAUGAUUUGAAUGUGUAUGUGAGUUGUGCUAUUCUGGAUAUGUAUGCUAGGUGCCAUCAUUUGGAGGAAGCCCAGUUGAUAUUUGAUGUUAUGGUGAGCAAAAAUGAGGUUUCUUGGAAUGCUUUGAUUGCUGGCUAUGCUAGGAAGGGUCAAGGAGACAAGGCUUUUUGUUUGUUCUCGAACAUGCUGAGGGAGAAUGUUAAACCUACUCACUUUACCUAUUCUAGCGUUCUUUGUGCUUGUGCUAGCUUGGGGUCAUUGGAGCAAGGGAAAUGGGUUCAUGCCCUUAUGAUAAAAUGGGGUGAAAAGCUAGUUGCUUUUGUUGGAAACACUUUGCUUGACAUGUAUGCAAAAUCAGGCAGCAUUGAGGAUGCAAAGAAAGUUUCUGAUAGGUUGGUAAAACGGGAUGUCGUUUCUUGGAAUUCAAUGUGUACUGGAUAUGCUCAACCUGGACUUGGGAAGGUAGCUUUACAAAGGUUUGAAGAAAUGCUGAGGAUUAGAAUUGCUCCUAAUGAUAUAACAUUCUUAUGUGUUCUUACUGCUUGUAGCCAUGCGGGCCUUUUGGGUGAAGGACGUCAUUAUUUUGACAUGAUGAAGAAAUACAAUGUAGAACCACAAAUUUCACAUUAUGUCACAAUGGUUGAUCUUCUUGGUCGAGGUGGACAUCUUGAUCGAGCCAUACAAUUUAUAAGUGAAAUGCCAAUUAAACCCACUGCUGCUGUCUGGGGAGCGUUGCUGGGUGCUUGUAGGAUGCAUAAGAAUAUGGAGUUAGGUGGUUAUGCAGCUGAACGUAUUUUUGAACUGGAUUCUCACUAUCCAGGUACCCAUGUAUUGCUCUAUAAUAUAUAUGCAUUAGCUGGUAGAUGGAAUGAUGCUGCUAAAGUGAGAAAGAUGAUGAAAGAAAGUGGAGUGAAAAAGGAGCCUGCUUGUAGUUGGGUAGAGAUGGAGAAUGAAGUCCACGUGUUUGUGGCAGAUGAUGAUGCCCACCCACAGAGAAGAGAGAUCCAUAAUAUGUGGGAGCAGAUUAGUGAUAAGAUUAAGGAAAUUGGUUAUGUUCCAGACAGUAGCCACGUGCUUUUGUGUAUGGACCAGCAGGAGAGGGAAGCAAAGUUGCAGUACCAUAGCGAGAAGCUUGCUCUAGCCUUUGCACUUCUCAACACACCUCCUGGAUCCACAAUCCGCAUAAAGAAGAAUAUCAGAAUUUGUGGUGAUUGCCAUUCAGCAUUCAAGUUUGUGUCCAAGCUGGUGGAAAGGGAAAUCAUUGUCAGAGAUACCAAUCGGUUUCAUCAUUUUUGUGAUGGCGCCUGUUCAUGCGAGGACUACUGGUAGUGCUGGUUAUCAAGAAAUAACUUAUUGAGUUAUGAAGGUAGAAAGUUAAAUAAUGUGGUUGUUAGUCUUUUGAACUUGAUGGGAAUAGACAAGACAUUUACGUUCUUCAUCUCCGAACAAGGAAGAGGAAUCCUUGGCAUUUGUUGUCCACUGGCAGCGUAAGGAGAAAUUACUUGAGCUGUUCGGAUACAUUUAUUCUCCUAUGACAAUCCAAGUCACAUAACAUAUCUAGGCAGAGCAAGGUGGGGGUUGGUGGGGUUGUGUGCAAAUUAUAGGAUCGAACUCGCGGAAAGACAUCAAGAGUAUGUGUUGGGUAAUGAAUGCAAGAGCACAAACACAAGACGGUUCUUAUUCAAACAAUGCAAACUCCGAGCUGCUCUUUGAUGAUGAUACCAUGAAAAACUUCGUGAAGAAAGUUUAAGUGGACUACUAUAACACCCUUAGUUGAAACAGAUCAGGGAAUUUACUUACAUGAAUAACAAGAAGAGAAUCUGCGAAAAGAGAUUGACCAAAACAAAAGAAGAGUAGAGAGGGAAAGAGAGAGAGCAGCAAGAGAAUAUGCAGAAAGUGAUCGAGUAACAUUAUCUUUAUCUGUGACCAGCCAAUUUCAGGCAUAAUGUUCUGUACGUCCAUUUAACUUUGCUGUGCUUGUGAUGGAUUGAACACUGCUUGAAAAGAAAGGUGCUCUUCUCCUCAGAAAUGAAAUGUUCCAGCAUCAUAUCAGUACUCAAUUUCUGCCUGCAGCAUCAUAAAAAAUUAACAAGCAACAGGCACCUGGGUCUAAAAAUAGAGUAUAAAUAAAGAUUAGACGAAAGGAUGAGAUUUGAAAAAAGGGAAGGAGAAAGGAACGCAAAAGGAGGAAGCAACCCGUUUUUUUAAUUGUUGUGCCGUUUCUGCAGCUGUAAUAGAGGGGGAGAGAAACAAAAGAUGGUAGAAGGCGUGACAGAAGGGCGUGUCUAUUGUGAUUGUGGUAAAGACGGUUCUUGCUUAAAAUGGCGUGGCGUGUGAGCAAAGCUUGAUCAUAUCAUCAAAAUAUUCUUUAGCUAACAACUCCAAGCACCACCAAAUACUCCCGUUUCAGAAAAGAUUAGGAGGUCCCCCUCCUUGAGCCCUCAAAGAGGUAAGAUACAGAGAGUCAGAAUAGAGAAAGAGCAGAAAAGAUUAAAGUUCAAUUUUAAAUUCUCGACACAAUGAUUUGAUUGGAACUGUGAUUUGUUUAUUUCUCUAGUUCUUUACUGUAUUAACAUGUUCUUUUAAGAAGAAAAAAAUGAUUUAGGAGUGCUGUUGCUUAGUUUCCGGAACUCCAAUAUAUCAUCAAUUCAACAUGCAUCUUUCAUUUCAUUU